AAUAUGGUUGAAACGAAAGUAAAAGUACAUCCUCUAUCUCUGAGUUACCGGGAAAUGACUCAUUCACAGUGGAGUUACUGCGAACGCAUGCGCGCCGCGAAGAGGCUUGUUCCUUUCAUUCACAGCUUGAACUUGAACUUGAACCGAAAAUAGUACACUAAAAUUUUGGGAACCAACAUUCAAUCAAAAUCGAAAAUCAAAUUUUAAUACUUUUUUGGGGACGUAUUCCACCAGCACCAAAGCAAAGGUAGGGUUGUGGUUGGUUUCCAGCGAAAUUUUGGGGGUCUCAAGCUACCGUUUCAACCCUGGCCCCCCACCAAGAGAAAUGAGAUCCGUGCAUAAAUUUGUAAACAAGAGUGCCCCCGGAAGAUAAGGACGAGAUAUUUUUGGCCCGCAAAGUGUUGUGUGCUUGGUGCAACGGGAAGGACAAUCACCACCAUGGGCAGCCCGAAAAGACCUGGGAGUGAAGAGAUGACGUACGAAAUGUACUACGGAUACGAGGACCGGUUUCACUGGGACGGUGCACUGUGGGUGCAGGCGGCCGAAGGUGUUGUUCCGCCGGAUGCGGUGGUCGCUGGAUACGAGGGCGAGAUUACCUACAUUGGGCGCGCCAAAUACCACGGUGCCAUCGUGCCCGGCCGGGUCAUACCAUCGAAGCAGGCCUGUCUGGUGGUUUACGACGGCGUCGAACGUUCCCGGCGCGACUAUCAGGUAUUGUGCGGCCACCGGGGAGAGUUUGUGCCGAAGGAUUACGAUCGCCUUAGGGAACGGCUUUUUCGGGCAGGAGUAACGAAGCGCGGCGCCCCGCUCUAUCUGGGUUUGGUACGGCUCGGAUUAACAACGAUCGUGGGCUGCGUCGAUCUCUCCGAAGGUGUUUGUCACAUCGGGUUGGACGGUUACGAGAAGUCAUACACCGAUUAUGAUGUGUAUAUCUCCAAUGAGGCCACGACUGCCCCGGCAUCGGCUUUCUCCACAGAUUCGUCAUCACCAUAA